CCCCGCAGGUCGGCAGGUGCGGCCUGUGCCGCCCAGGUGAGUGUCCCCGCGCCCCGCCGCCUGUCCGCAGCCGGCUCGAGCCCGCCCGGCGGCCGCGGUGCCGGCAGUUCCGCCCGGGGGUGUCGGGUCCGAACCGGCGACAGCGGCGCCCCCGAGAGCCUGCCUCGGGACCCGGGACGGGCUGCAGUCUCGCUUAUGAUGGAGGGAAGCCGGCCGACGCGAGUGUCUCGGCCAUACAAGAUCAGCGAAUCCUCAAAGGUGUACCACUGGGCCGGCCACUCGACCACCGUGCUGCAGCGGCUGAAUGAGCAGCGGCUCCGAGGCCUUUUCUGUGACAUCGUCCUGGUGGCCGACGAACAGCGUGUGCCAGCCCACCGCAACUUGCUGGCCGUGUGCAGUGACUACUUCAACUCCAUGUUCACCAUCGGCAUGCGCGAGGCUUUCCAGAAGGAGGUAGAGCUGAUCGGGGCCUCCUACAUUGGGCUCAAGGCCGUGGUGGACUUCCUGUAUGGCGGGGAGCUGGCGCUGGACGGCGGCAACAUCGACUACAUCCUGGAGACGGCCCACCUGCUGCAGAUCUGGACGGUGGUGGACUUCUGCUGCGAGUACCUGGAGCAGGAGGUGAGCGAGGACAACUACCUGUACCUCCAGGAGCUGGCCUCCAUCUACAGCCUCAAGCGGCUGGACGCCUUCAUCGACGGCUUCAUCCUGCGCCGCUUCGGCACCCUGUCCUUCACGCCCGACUUUCUGCAGAACGUCUCCAUGCAGAAGCUGUGCGUGUACCUGAGCAGCAGUGAGGUGCAGCGGGAAUGUGAGCACGACCUGCUGCAGGCCGCCCUGCAGUGGUUGACGCAGCAGCCCGAGCGCGAGGCCCACGCCUACCAGGUGCUGGAGAACAUCCACUUCCCACUCAUCCCCAAGAAUGACCUGCUGCACCGCGUCAAGCCGGCCGUGUGCUCGCUGCUGCCCAGGGAGGCCAACUGCGAGGGCUUCAUUGAGGAGGCCGUGCACUACCACAACAGCCUGGCGGCCCAGCCAGUCAUGCAGACCAAGCGCACGGCACUCCGCACCAAUGAGGAGCGCCUGCUGUUCGUGGGCGGCGAGGUCUCCGAGCGGUGUCUGGAGCUCAGUGAUGACACCUGCUACCUGGACACCAAGAGCGAGCAGUGGGUCAAGGAGACGCCACUGCCGGCCCGGCGGAGCCACCACUGUGUGGCCGUCCUGGGGGGCUUCAUCUUCAUCGCAGGUGGCAGCUUCUCACGGGACAACGGAGGCGAUGCGGCGUCCAAUCUUCUUUAUAGGUAUGACCCCCGCUGUAAACAGUGGAUCAAGGUGGCCUCCAUGAACCAGCGCCGCGUGGAUUUCUACCUUGCCUCCAUUGAGGACAUGCUGGUGGCCGUCGGUGGCCGGAAUGAAAAUGGAGCUCUCUCUUCGGUAGAGACAUACAGUCCCAAGACCGACUCCUGGUCCUAUGUGGCCGGUUUGCCAAGGUUCACAUAUGGCCACGCGGGCACCAUCUACAAAGACUUCGUUUACAUCUCUGGGGGUCACGACUACCAGAUCGGCCCCUACCGCAAGAACCUGCUGUGUUACGACCACCGGACGGACGUGUGGGAGGAGCGGCGGCCCAUGAGCACGGCACGCGGCUGGCACAGCAUGUGUAGCCUGGAAGACAGCAUCUACUCCAUCGGGGGCAGCGACGACAGCAUCGAGUCCAUGGAGCGCUUCGACGUGCUGGGCGUCGAGGCCUACAGCCCACAGUGCAACCAGUGGACCCGCGUGGCGCCAUUGCUACACGCCAACAGCGAGUCGGGGGUGGCCGUGUGGGAGGGCCGCAUCUACAUCCUGGGCGGCUACAGCUGGGAGAGCACAGCCUUCUCCAAGACGGUCCAGGUAUACGACCGUGAGAAAGACAGGUGGAGCAAGGGCACCGACCUGCCCAAGGCCAUCGCCGGUGUGUCGGCCUGCGUGUGUGCCCUGAAGCCGCGGCUGGAGGACAAGAAGAAGAAGGGCAAGGGUAAGAGGCAUCAGGACCCGGGCCAGUGACCUCGCUGGCACCAGCCUGGCCCACGUCCCCACCGCCACCUCCCAGAGUGUCUGGAGACCAUCAGCAACUUCACAGAACCCUGGAACUAUUACAGACUUGUUAGCAACUUUUUUUACUUUUAUGAUUCUUAGUCUUUCUAUGAUAUCACAGUAACCAAUUAAAUAUUCUAUAUAAUUUUACAUAGUAGGCUGCUUGAAUAAAUUAAACCUGGACCCAGGCAGGAAAUAUCCCCUUAUGCUUAUGCACGGCUUCUUCCCACAUUACGGAUCACUGAGGGUGAUUUCUAAUAUUCCUUGAGAGUGGCUGGGGCAGGGCUUACACAGAAAUUUCUGUAGUGAAACUAGGGGUGUCAGUGGGACUAAGCAUUAGCCACAUUUAGGACUCACUGGCGUGGUCAAGAGCAAUUAUUUUUAAUAGGUGAGGACACAGAGGUCCUGAGAGGGCAAGGGAGAUACCAGCUGGCUCGGGACAGUCAGGUGAGACCUGGGACUUCUCACCACGGAGGACUCCCCACUGGGAUUUCCUCAUCACGUGGCAACUGUUCCCGUUUUUCCUGAUUAAUAAUCUUCCUGAAUUCUAAAAGGCUAUAGGUAAUCAAGGGAAAAGUUUUGUUGUAAAGGCAUGAAGCUCUUUAUAAGUUCCGCUAUAAUUUGUGCUUUGUAAACUUUUCUUUCUGAACCUGCUGUUCCCUAUGUUGCUGAUGUACUGAGCCCCCCAAAUCUACAUUUAUUUCUCAGGAAAGAAAAAGUGAGCACCCUAGAAUUUGCCAUUGUUUUCUGUGACUCCAGCUCCGAGACGUCAUCGAAAGCUCCACACAGGGCCCCGUGAAGGUGGUCAGGUAUCUCCCUCAACUCAAGGGACAGGGCCUGGUCCCGGCCAUCUGCUGCUCAGUAGUUUUGUGCCGCUAGGCAAAUUCUGUACAAGUCCUGAGCUGUUCCCUCAUUCACUGAGCAGCAGGGUUCAGUGAAUUCAUCGCCUGGCUGCUCCUGGGGGUUCGCUCUUUCAGUCUGUAGAAGCUGUUGAUAUAUAUUCAGCACCUCCUGUCCAGGUGGGUGACUGCCCCACGUCGAUGGGUUCCUGCCGUUGCCAGAGGAGGACCGACAGUGUGUGUCCUUUGAGGAGAGUUUGAGACCAAAACUGAGCCACUGUGUCAUGCGAGUAGGAUGGCAGGAGAGAGCGUGAUUGUUUUAGUCAUGAGCCAAAUGAGGCACUAAUGAGCUAUGCCUUGACAGAGAUCCAGUAGCAGAGAGGAGAACGCGUCAAGAUUUGUUAACUUUGAUAUUUGAAUAAGAAUCUCAGUUAACUUACUUAUUUUUUUGGCUCUCUGUUGCACUUUUUCUUCCUUUCAAGAUUCACUGUGAUUUUGAUUGGCCCAUUUCCAUAGUGACCAGUGGAGCUGAGAGUGACUCUGGAGUUGAGUUUCAGGACCCAAGUCAUUGCCCUCGGUCGCUAGUUGCGUGAGCAGUCUGCCUAUUUAGCUAGUUCCUUGCAUAUGGAAGUCCUUAGGAACUUACAAACUGUUGAGCGAGGUUCUGCAAGGCAUGCAAACAACCCAGAAACCAUAGUCUUCUUGGAGCUCCACAGCACUUUGGUGUAUUAAAGGCUCUGAGAAGUCCUGCACUGUUAACCUUCCAUGAACCCAGUAUUUCCAGACUUCAUUGAGCCUGAAACUCUUUUUUGUCUCAUACUUAGUCCAGCCCUCCACAGAACAUGUUUUGCCCAACUUCUGCCUACUUUAGGAUGGCUUGUCCCCUUCCUAUUCCAGGAAAGGUUUUGUUACCUGAAAACCCUGUAGUCUCUUGUCCCCAAUGCAGCCCAGGUCCUGAACAAAAACCAGAAUCCAAGAGCAGGUAGAGAAGAGUACAGAGAUUCCAUGUGUGCUUCCAGGAGCAUAAUGGCUUUGACCUUGGGGAGGGGCCAGCCAUCAACUUUCAGCCUAAGCCAGCUGUUACAUUCUGACUAUGAGAGUGAGUCCCAGGAUUAGGGUGUGGUGAUGGCUUCCAUUCUGAUUUCCUCGCGCCUUCUGGGUUACAGUGUCCCACACCUAACAUUUUGUGGUGUCUGUCCUGCCACUGUAAAGGCAGCUUGUCAUUUGCAUGGCUUAGAAUCUAAUAUUACCAAGGUUGGGAGUGUUCUUUUUAAAGGUAGAGUUGGCAAGUAGAUUUCCUCUUGUGAACCGACUUCAAAUAAUGGGUGGGGGCUCCACUGUGCUAAGAAAGGUUUUUGAGCUUGUUCAGGUCAGUGGAGAGGAGUGUCAUGGCCGGUGAGCAGGCCUGCCUGGGCCUGGGAGAGCCAAGGGGUGGGACCUCGCGCAGGAUCUUUGCCUCCAUGCUGUGGAAGUCACUCUGCUGGACGGUCCAACUAAGAAGGGAGGAAAAUGUAUUUUAAGCCAGAUGGGCAGAGCUUGGGGAUAGAUUCAGGCCCGUGGCCAUUUGAACUGCAAGAUCAUGAUAGUGUAGUUUCAGACCGUAGUGGCGAAGGCUCAGGUGUUUGUGGGCUGCUCUCUUGAGUCGGAAACAGCAGUAUUUGCAUCAUGUCCAACCGCCCAUGCUCUGGACACUUGUGCUUGAACUUUGAGAACACCUGGAUCUUUUUGUGUGUUUAUUUUUGAUCUUUCAAAAUAAGCAUGGUGGGCUUUUAUUCAGGUUUUGUGUUUUUCUCACUUUCAAAGAACUACUUUUAACUUCAUACUAAUUAUAGGUUUUGAGUUUGAUCCUCACCCAAGUUGGAAGUCUGUUUGCUUAAGACAUAAAUACAACAGUAAAAGGAAAGGGAGUAGAAAAGCUGAAAAACCCUUGUUACUUACAGUGGCCUCUCUGCUGCUGCAAUAGACGGAGAUUGCCUUAGCAACAUGCUUGCAUGUAUGGCCCCACCGGCAUUGUCGACAUUCUGCCAUUCCAGAAGGUCUACCACGUAGAAUCUCUGACUCCUGAUCUGAGCAGAAAAGCUCGUGUGCGUAUUUGUAUCUGGAAUGCGCCCUCCCACUGCCUCUUAGCGGUAAGAGUGGUCAUGGUGACUUAGUGGAAACCCCUGAAGCCAACCCUAAGUAAGGGGUGUUCAGUUUGGCAUGGAAACCCAAACACUAAGGGGGGUAGAGUGCCUCCUAUGAGGUCCAGGGGCCCACUCUGAGUUCAGGUGAGUUAACCUGUGAUCAGAGUACCUGGCCCCUAAGCCAGCAGCAAGCUUCGGUGACUAAUGUGGGGAGUGGAAGGAUGUCUGCUCACCCCCUGGUGCAGCGAUCAGCCUUCAUCCUGAGCCCCUCGUCCCAGGCCCACAGUUCGGCCACCGUCACCUGAGCACACCUCACAGUCCUCCUGGUCCCAGAGCUUUUGGCCAGCUCAGACCCCUGGUCCCACUCCUGGAGGGGCAGGGCUAUCCCUGGUGUCUCCAUGGAUUCUGAGUGUCUUCGGAGGGGACGGGAGGAGGCCGUGUCCUGGCCUCCAGGACAAGCCUCUCGAGUGUAGGGCAGCUCCACUGGCACUUGGAGACCCUGUUCUGUGUGGUGCCAAGCCGGGCAGUUUUUUAAAUUUUUUGAAAUGUUUUGAUACUUUUUGAUACCAUUUGCUAAGAACCAUUUUGUAGGUUGCCUGCCAGGGUUUUCCACCUCACACCUCCUACCCCCAGCCCCUUGAGCUUGCACUCACCAGGCAAUGUCCUGCGGCUGGCAUGGGGCUCUUGCCCACCUCACGUGGCUUCACCUUGGAGCCCUGCUCUCCCCCGGGGCCGCAGUCUGAUAUAACUCUUGAGUUUCAUAAGGUCACAUGUGGCCUGUGAGUAUGACCCUCUUAGGUCCCCAGCUGAGCAAGACGGCUCUGAUUUGCCCAGAAGACACUCCCUCCCUCAGAUGUUCUGUCUCUUGGGAAGCUCCUACCUCAGCAGAGUACCCAGGCCCGAAAAGAUCCCUGAGAACUGAUGCAUCAUCUCCUUGGGCAUACAGGCCGUUUCUCCACCCGGGUUGGGCAGCAGUCCCGAUCCAGCCCUGCCCACCCCUUUGAAAGGCAUUUAAACAUGAAAUCACAAAAGCUAAGCAAUGACGCAGCCUGUGCUUUAUAGAAUUACUGCCCUCUUUGGAGGUGCUCAUUUCUUUUUCUUCUUCCCUCCCUCCUUUCUUCCUUUCUUUUUUUUUCCUUUUAAUGUGGAUAGAAUUUGUGGCUUCUGAGGGUGUUUGUUGGGGGGGUGGGUCUCAAGAAAUUGUCUUUUGCUUGCCUUAGUUAAAAGGAAUGAAUGUAUAAAUUUGCUGGUGGAGGGAGCAGAGGAGAUAAACGCAUUUCCGUUUUCUUUGGGAAAAAGAACACCUUUUCAACAUUAUUUGAAGCUGUCUUUACCCAUCUGCUUGCAGUCAAAGAAAGGAGUCAAGUCUUUGGCUCAACUGAAGUGAAUCAUCACCACCAGACCCCUUUCAGAAUUAGCUUAAGAUACUAAGUAAUUCAUUGGGUAUGUUCUGGCUACUAAUGUUACCAAAAUCUGUAAUUGUGUAUGUUUUAAUUUGUUGCGUUUGUAUUUGUGAUGUUCUGACCUUGGAAGCCUUUCUGUGUCUUCUUUUUUAAUUAAUUUUCUGCACGUUAGUUUUUUUCUUCUUUGCUUUUAAUUCCAUACCAAGUAUCCAAUUCUUGAAACAUUAAAAUGAUUUGCCUGCUA